CCUGCCCACGCCGGGCUGCGGCCCUCACCCGCUGCUCCCCCGGCCUGGGGCCCCCCCGCGGUCCCGGCAGCACCCGAAACCACCGCCACCCCCGCCGAUGCCAACUGCGAGGCCACCCGGCCCAGCGGGGCACCCAGCCGGGUACCGGCAGCUUCUCCUUCAGCCCACAACGUCAGCCAAGGUCCCGGGGAACGACCCAGCUUCCCCGGGGGGUCUCCAGCCGCAGCACCUUCCACGCCGGGCAGCUGCGACAGACGCGCGACCAGACCCCCCUGCCCUACGCGUUGCCCCCCGGUCUGCCCCCCGCCUCCCCCUCCGGUGCCAGUCAGGGUCGUCGCGGUCCCUCCGCCAGCCUCUUCAGCAAGUUCACCUCCAAAUUCGUCCGGAGAAAUCUGUCUUUCAGGUUUGCCAGAAGGAACCCGCACGAGCCCGAGAGCAAGGACCGAGUGGAGACACUGAGACCGGCGGUAGGUCCCGAAAAAGAAACCCGCGAAGCCGGCGCUCGAGAAGCCAAACCUCGUUCUUUACGUUUUACCUGGAGCAUGAAAACGACGAGUUCCCUGGAACCGGGCGAAAUGUUACGGGAAAUCCGGAAAGUUCUGGACGCCAACAGUUGUCGGUGCGAACCCCAGGAACGGUUCGUCCUCCUCUGCGCCCACGGAGCUCCCGGGCACGAUUCCUUCGUCCAGUGGGAAAUGGAAGUUGCAAACUUCCCCGUCUUUCCCUCAACGGCGUCCGCUUCAAACGCAUCGCCGGGACCUCCAUGGCCUUCAAGAACAUCGCCUCCAAGGUGGCCAACGAGCUCAAGCUCUGAGCGGGACGGCGGAGGGGGGGGGGGGGACAACAACAACAACGGUGUCACCUCUGUCACCUCCCCCCCCCCACCAACCCCCUUCUCCUGCUUUGGGGGAGCGGAGGCGAUGGAUUGAGGCGGGGGGGGGGA